AGUCCGCUGGAGCCUGGUCGGGGCGGCCCAUGCCGGGCUGCCUGAGCAGCCAGGCACACCGUGGUGGAAUUUGCUCCUCUUCUUUGCAUACGGACGCAGCCCUGGUAACGCGGCUCAAGGCGUCUUUUGUGCUGCUGUCCACCAGGGAGUGACGUCAUGGGCACUGCCAGGCCUUUAUCAGCUCCGUCAGAUAAAUAGCUAGCCACACUUGCUCCGGGGCGGGCGGCGAGGAGCCGUGCGGCGGAGCGCCUGGGGCCUUGGAGACGCAGGGGCCGCGGCCAUGGGCGAGAGCUCGGACGGCUCCUUCUUCCCCGGCAACCACUGGCUCUACUUCUCCGUGUACCUCUUCACCUUCCUGGUGGGGCUGCCCCUCAACCUGGCGGCCCUGGCGAUCUUCGCGGGCAAGCUGCGGCGCCGCCCGGUGGCCGUGGACGUGCUCCUGCUCAACCUCACGCUCUCGGACCUGCUCCUGCUGCUCUUCCUGCCCUUCCGCAUGGUGGAGGCGGCCCACGGCAUGCGCUGGGCGCUGCCCUUCCUCCUCUGCCCACUCUCCGGCUUCCUCUUCUUCACCACCGUCUACCUCACCUCCCUCUUCCUGAUGGCCGUGAGCGUCGAGCGCUUCCUGAGCGUGGCCUACCCUCUGUGGUACACGACGCGGCCCAGGCUGGGCCAGGCGGGGCUGGUCAGCGGCGCCUGCUGGCUGCUGGCCUCUGCCCACUGCAGCGUGGUCUACGUCGUGGAGCUGGGGGGCCCCUCCGCCCGGGGCCCGCGCGCCAACGGCACCUGCUACCUGGAAUUCCAGGAGGACCAGCUGGCCGUCCUCCUGCCCGUGCGGCUGGAGAUGGCCGUGGUCCUUUUCGGGCUGCCCCUGCUCAUCACCAGCUACUGCUACAGCCGCCUGGUGUGCAUCCUCGGCAGGGGCGCCAGCCAGCACCGGCGGAGGAGGGUGGCGGGGCUGGUGGCCGCCACGAUGCUCAACUUCCUCGUCUGCUUCGGGCCCUACAACGUGUCCCAUGUGGUGGGCUACGUCCAGGGUGAGAGCCCGGCGUGGAGGAGCUACGUGCUGCUCCUCAGCACCCUGAAUUCCUGCGUCGACCCCCUGGUCUUCUACUUCUCCUCGUCCGGGUUCCAGGCAGACUUCCAGGAGCUGCUGCAGAAGCUGGGCGGGCUCCGGGGGGCCCUGGCGGCAGGGGGGCGGCGUGGGACCGGAGGUGCAGGAGGAGGGCGGCCGGCGGACGAGGGGCUGCCCCGAGUAGAGGAAGGGUAGUGGGCUGUCCGGGGGCAAGCGGCCUGGGCUGAGCGCUGGGUCCUCUGGGCACGGAGCUGUCGCGGGGAUUGCACCCCCAGGGCAGGGCCUCGGCGUGGAGGGCUGGGGACCGGAGUGGCCCGGGGUCGGAGCGGGUGCCCCGCCUUCCUAAGGGUGCAUGCGCUGAAGCCCAGCCCUUGACCCCACGGCCCUGCCCUUCCCCCACAUGCCUUGGACUCGGCUCAGGGAAGGGGUCAGUGGGAAGGACGCUUCGGAGAAGAAUGAGGUCCCCGAGGCUGCAGGCCAGCCCUGUGCUUCCCUGAGGGUCGGGGGGAGCGAGGAGCAGGGGCUCCCGGGCUCAGGACAGGAGCAGGGGGAAGUCCCGCCCUUCCUUCAGGCCUGGCCCUCCGGCAGGCCAGCGGUGGAAAACACAGGGCUCCAGGGGUGAGGGCUCGUUCUGCUCUCCCACAGGCUUUUCUGGAAAUUUCCCAUCGCUCAGUCAAUUCAGAUCAUCGGAGACAUUUAUGAACAAUGAGAGAAGAAA